UUGGAGGCUGAGAAACUGAGAAGGGAACUUAAAUGAAAUGAUGGAAAAUUCCAAGCAUGCUCUGAAUACAAUACCUGAACCAUCUAGACGUUCAAAAAUACCUAAAGCCCAAGAUCACAGCGCCCAAGAAGAAGAUAAACAACAAGAAGAAUCAAGUAUGAGCAAGAACCCCUGAAUCCAACGUUUCAAAAAUCAAUAUGAUUAAUGAAUACCUGUAGCAAAAAAUAUUUAGAACAAUCAAAACAUGCAAGGAUAUGCAGUCAUCAUUUCGAUUGAUGCCGUCCGCAAACCACUAAUGUUAUUCUUCUAUAAUGGGGCCAGCCGGUUGCCUAUAUUCAAGAACUUGGUGGCAGACAACCUAACAAUAAUUUAGAACCAAAAAGAUUUGUCACACUUGGUAUGCUGACUUACAGUAAUGGUGUUGUAUGAUCUAGCCAACCACAACUAUAUUUUGACAACUGCUGAAUGGGAGAUGGAUAAGGAAUUGAACUAACAAGCCAAUCAAAUUUGAUGUAUACAAUUUUCCCAACCAUACGUGGAGUUGAAUGCAAAAUUACCUACCUGAUUAAGCCAACCCCAUGGAUUUUGUUAUAUAAAUUCAGCACUAGCCUGGGUUUUCCUCACUCAACACAUUAAGAUUCCACUCUUUGUUUCAUAAAUUGGAAUUACUAGAAAUGGCCUCUUUCAAUUGCUUCAUCUUAGCCUUCUUCAUGGAGUUGACAUUUUCCAGCAUUAAUGUUGGAUCAGCAGCUCGUCGUCUUCAACAGUUACCACCUUUGCCUCCUAUACCAAGUUUGCCAAGAACAGGGCUGCCACCAUUGCCGUCUAUUCCAACACUGACACAGCCUACAAUACCAACUUUGCCUACCACCCAGCCAACACUAACUAAUCCUGGUUCGCUACCUCCACUUCCUAGCAUUCCCAACUUGCCAACAGUCCCAAGGGCUAUCUUGCCACCACUGCCAAGCAUGCCUUCAAUCCCCACAAUACCAACUACAAUUCCCUCAAUUCCAUUCCUCUCUCCACCACCUUCAACUACCAGUCCUUGAGAAUAUGCCGGUUUGAGAUGUCAAAUAGUUUCACUCAUUUGUUUCAUUUCAGUUUCAGUUUCAUUUCCUCUUUGCGUGCAGUGUGUGCUUUUCAGAUCAGAUUAUUUCAAUCAUCUUAGCAGAGAUGAGAGUUUCCUCGUUGUUUUUUGUACCUUGUGUCCUAUUAUGUAUUUAUAUUAUUAUUAUUCG